AUCAACUAUUACGCAUGCGUAUUAAAGCAGCAGUCAAGUAUUUUUGAUAAUGCGAGGUUUUCAAGUGGAAUCGGCGAAUCCGACAGUCAUUGCAGAUUAGCCAUUUGUGUAAGAACGUUGGAACGUAGCCUGCUGUCAUAAAUCGUGCAAAAAGUGUUGAGAUGAUCCUCCGAGUGAGUAUUUUCAUUGCCUUUUUGAUCUUAACGAUCGAGGCAAAAAAAUACAACAAUCAGAACGGCGAUAAGUAUCGACAAUGGCAAGAAUUCGAAGAAUUUCUCGAGUGGAAGAAAAUGAAAGAACAAAGAGAAAGAGAAGGGAAAUGGUCGAUCGAUUUUACUGACAAUUCAUCAGAUUCAAUAAAAAAUUAUGAGAGAGAACAUAGACGAUCGCAAGAUCCACCUCCGGUUGAAGACGCUGUUUUAAUGGCAAGAUAUAUUGUUAAUCAAGCUGAUUGGACCUCUGUGGCGACUAUAAGUACACGACAUGAAAUUGAAACAUUUCCAACAGUUAAUUUAGUUUCCUUUUCUGAUGGUCCAUUAGGUAAUGGAUCUGGAAUACCUUAUCUUUAUCUUACACCUUUGGACUUUACAUCACAAGAUUUAACUAGAGAUAAUCGAGCUACCCUUUUCAUGACUUUAGCUCAAGAAAAUUAUUGUAGAGAAAAAAUAUGGGAUCCAAUGGAUCCACGCUGUGCAAGGGUCAUACUUACUGGAAAGAUUAAAGCAAUAAAAAAUGAUAAUCCUGAGAUAGAAUUAGCUAAAAGUGCUGUGUUUGGACGUCAUCCUGCUUUGGAGAACAUGCCUGCAGAUCACCAUUUCUAUUUUGCCAAAUUGAAAAUGAUAUCUAUCGCAGUUUUGGAUACAUUUGGUGGUCCAAAAUAUGUCAGUGUAAAGGAUUACUUGCAUCCACCGACACCAAAUGUCACUGAAGAAUUUUAUAAACGUAUUCGUAAACAGCAUCAAGAUUAUGCGAGUGAUUCUCAAGAAGCAUAUAAUAUGAAACCAAUGACAAAUUUUCUAAAUCCAAUUGUUCAUAAUAUCUAAAUAUUAUAUUAAUAACCAAGCAUAGUCAACUUAUAUAUUCAUGGUAAAUUUACAGUGUAAAAUUCCAUUAUACUCAUACUUUUUGAAAUACUUGUAUCACAUUUUUGAAAAUGUUUACACAUUGUGAUUACUAUACUAUGGACUGUGAUACAAAUUGAUAAUACCUAAUGUAAAUAUUUAAUAGAACAAUAUUUUUGACACUUUACCAAAUAUAUAAAUUAAACUAUUUUCUCAAAAA